CAGCCCAGCUCAGGGCUUAUCAGUAGCCUGCGCAGUACAGCAAGACUACACUACCCACGACAUGGGGCUUUUAACAUUUAUCGCUUUAGGAGGAGGAGCAGUCGCUGGUGUGGCUGCAGCACCACUUGUUCUGGGAGCCAUAGGCUUCACCUCAGCUGGAAUAGCAGCCGGCUCGUAUGCAGCCAGUAUGAUGUCAGCUGCUGCCGUGGCUAACGGAGGAGGAGUGGCAGCAGGAAGUCUGGUGGCUGUUUUGCAGGCGGCAGGUGCUGCAGGGCUGUCAACAGCUGCCAAUGUGGCCGUGGCCAGCGCUGGAGCAGGUGUUGGAGGAACAGUGUUGGCUGUAUUAAUCUGAGAAUAAUGAAGAAAGAAGAUGCGUUUACAAUACUUUUACUUUUGGCAAAUGAAGGACACAAUCACAAAUGACAUCAGUUAUUUACUAACUGAAAUGUGUUGUGCAAUAAAUGGUAACCUGUAAAAGA